AUGCGAUUCAUUGCGUCUGCCCUCUUCUACUCCGCCGUUUUCGCGAUUCCAACUAUCGAGGCUAAGGGAGCGAAGUUCUUCACCAGCGAUGGUGACCAAUUCUACGUCAAAGGUGUUGCAUACCAGCACUCAAUUACCGACGUUAAUAACCUCGUGAACGGCGACCAAUGCAAAAUCGAUGCGCCACUCAUAAAAGAGCUAGGAGCAAAUGUCGUUAGAGUAUACUCGGUCGACCCCACGUUAAACCACGAUACAUGCAUGAAUGCCUUCGCCGAUGCCGGGAUAUAUGUUUUGGUGGAUAUGUCUACCCCGACUUUCUCAAUAAAUAGGGCAGAUCCUUCGUGGACAAAAGAAUUGCGCAAUGCUUUCGCCCAAGUCGUGGACGGGUUUCAGCAGUACGACAACCUGCUUGGCUUUUUCGCUGGCAACGAGAUCGUCAAUGACGUGAAAUCUACUGGAGCCGCAGCAUAUGCGAAAGCCGUCAUCGCCGACAUGAAAGCAUACCGAGACUUGAUGCAGUAUCGAAAAAUCCCUAUAGGUUAUUCCGCGUCUGAUGGAGAGAGCAUUCGCUUGCUCCAGCAGAACUACUUCGAUUGCGGCAGCGACGCCAUUGCCGCCGAUUUCUACGCGUUCAACAGAUACAGUUGGUGCAAUGACUCCAGCUUUACCGAAUCCGGAUACGACAAGAUGUACGACGAUGCCGAUGGAUACAAUAUCCCAAUAUUCCUCUCAGAGACGGGAUGCGUUACGGGAUCAGGCAAUACCCCCCUUCGAACCUUUGAUGAUCAGGUCGCCAUACUCGGUCGGCAAAUGAAUGACCGCUACUCCGGAAACAUCAUCUAUGAGUGGACUCAGGAGGCGAGCAACUACGGACUUGUGUCCUAUAAGAGCUCUGCGACCGGGACCCCGAGUUUAAUGGGGGAUUAUACGCGUUUGAAGAGUCAAUGGGCGACUUUAAGUCCGGCUGGCGUCAAGGCCUCGAAUUACAACCCCUCAUUGACCAGGCGCAAUUGUCCUGAGUUCACAUCCGGGACCUGGUCUAUUCAAGCGAAAGCUGCGAUCCCAACGGUAGGGACGUCUGGCUUCACAGCGCCGUCGUCACUGCGAUCGACAAGGUCUGCUACCCGCACUGGAAGUGGAAGUCAAAGCACUCCGGUCAUUGCUUCCGGAGGUGCAAAAUCAACAUCUACCCAGAAC